AUGGUCCUCCACGUGGCAUUCCUUAAAACUGGUAUUCUUAAUUCCUCCCUCGCUAUUGCGAACCGGCUUCUCCAGUUAUACUCAGGCCACGGCUGUCUCCACGAUGCGUCCAACUUGUUCGACGAAAUGCCCCACACAAAUGCUUUCUCAUGGAACACACUCAUCCAAGCCUACCUCAACUCAGGUGCCACCCACAUGUCCCUCCACUUGUUCCAUGCCAUGCCUCACAAGACUCACUACUCCUGGAACAUGGUCGUUUCUUCAUUUGCCAAGUGUGGUCACCUUCAACUAGCUCAUUCUCUCUUCAAUGCCAUGCCCUCAAAGAACCACCUUGUCUGGAAUUCCAUCAUUCAUGGUUAUUCCCGACAUGGGCAUCCGAGGAAAGCACUGUUCCUAUUCAAGAACAUGAAUUCUGACCCUUUGCAAAUGGUGUACCGGGAUGCUUUUGUGUUGGCAACUGUUCUUGGCGCUUGUGCUGAGUUGUUGGCUCUCAACUGUGGGAAACAAGUCCAUGCACGUGUUUUCAUUGACGGCCUGGGAUUGGAAGAACUUGACAAGGUCUUGUGCAGCUCACUGAUUAAUUUGUAUGGGAAAUGUGGUGAUUUGGAUAGUGCUGCUCGUGUUAUGAGUUUUGUGAGGGGAGUGGAUGAUUUCUCUCUGUCAGCUUUGAUAUCUGGUUACGCAAAUGCCGGAAGAAUGGGAGAGGCAAGAAGGGCUUUUGAGAGUAAGGCUGACAAGGACGACAUCCUUUAUCCAGGAUCUUAA